UGGCGGCCUGAGGCGGAGAGAGUUGGUCAAGUUGUGACGGGAGAGACUCGGAGUCGUCGCUGCCGCCGCCGCCGCCGCCUGAAGGCGCCUCCCGUCUCCCUAAAGUGGAUCGGAUUGUAAUGUCUACGCUACUUAACACCUUUAAAAAAUAACCCCAGACUUUUCCUGCCGAUUUCGAGUGGAACAAACUAGCAGAAAAUGAGCUUCCUAUUUGGGAAUCGGAGUAAUAGAACUUUCAAACCAAAAAAGAACAUUCCAGAAGGUUCUCACCAAUACGAGUUGCUAAAGCAUGCCGAAGCAACCUUGGGCAGUGGUAAUCUCCGUCAGGCUGUUAUGUUACCAGAAGGCGAGGAUCUUAAUGAAUGGAUUGCUGUCAAUACUGUGGACUUCUUCAACCAAAUCAACAUGUUAUAUGGAACAAUAACAGAGUUUUGUACAGAGCAAAGCUGCCCAGUUAUGUCAGCAGGACCAAGGUAUGAAUACCACUGGGCUGAUGGCACAAACAUUAAAAAGCCAAUCAAAUGUUCUGCUCCAAAGUACAUUGACUACCUUAUGACAUGGGUACAGGACCAGCUCGACGAUGAGACUCUCUUCCCUUCCAAGAUUGGGGUACCCUUUCCAAAAAACUUCAUGUCUGUGGCCAAGACCAUUCUGAAGCGGCUGUUUAGGGUCUACGCUCACAUCUACCACCAGCAUUUUGACUCUGUGAUGCAGUUACAGGAAGAGGCCCACCUCAACACUUCCUUCAAGCAUUUCAUAUUUUUUGUUCAGGAAUUUAAUCUGAUUGACAGGAAAGAACUUGCUCCUCUUCAAGAUCUAAUUGAAAAACUUGGAUCAAAGGACAGAUGAUUUGUCUCCAUAUUUUCCACAUCAGCGUGAUCUUAGUGCUUCUUUUUUCUACCUUCAAGACCCCCAUUUCCUGCGCGUACACAGUAUGACGUGUGAUCAUUGUGAGCAUGCUCUGUGGGAAAAAUCCAUUGUCUCUUGUUAAGUAGUUCUUCGAUAUUUUUGUGAAUAACUUCAAAAAAAAUGCACGUCCAUGAGUUGUUGGUUCUAGCCAUAUGUCAGUGUUUUAAGGACCUUGCCCUUCAACCAAAUUGAAAGGCCCAAGGUGUACAGAUAUCCCAUCUAUUUCAUAAAGGACAUUGCAGUGUUGAUUCUCUGUCCUUGGAAGCUAAGAGUACACACACACAGACUCUGCAUUUAUCAAAAGCCGAUCGUGAAGCAAAUUAAAAAAAUGCUAUUGGGGGAAAAUAUUGCUGCAUGUAAAUUGGAUUAAUUUGGAUUCUCGACUGAUGGAUUUGUAGUCUGGGUUCCUACGUUGUCCGUGUUCCACCUACCUCCCGUUUUGUUUUGUAUUCAUUUGAGGGAAGAUGGAAAACCAAUGAUUCUUGACCUUGAGCUAGACACAAACUGGAACUUGUGCAGUUUGAAUGUAUGUUUUAAAUGAGUUGAUUUGCAGUAUGACUGUAUGUUGCUCAUGCUGCAAAUAGGCAAGUUAAUUGUAGACUAGUUAAAUGAACACAGUCUCUAAAUGUACUGUUUGGGUUCAAAAGACAGUGAGCGAUUUUGUACUUCUAUGUUGGUGCGCAUUCUCCUCUCUUGUUGUUGUGUGCGUUUUGAUUUGGCCAUUUGAGGCGUGUUUGUACAUGGAAAGCCCUCACUUUUUCGUGCGAUUUGGUCGUCUUGCAUUUGUCAUUACUUUGAUCAAUACAUCACUUUCUGCGUGUAAUAGGUUUCAAACCAGUGGAGAAUCUCUUAACUUUUUUGAACAGUGUCGCAACUUAAAACUCUUGAAUCCAACACCACACUGCAGGAGGCAACAUACCACUAGUUUAUUUCCUCUCACCUUCCUCCCCAUCCCCUGCCAGGAAAAAUCCCCAUUGGUUACAGUAUUGAACAGUUCAUACUGCCUGGUUGUAUGAAUCCACCCUUCGCUCUGAUAUGUUUUAAAAAUGCUUUGAUUUAUAACGGCACAUAUAUUUGUCAAUUGUGGUUUUCCGGUCACUGCUUGGGUUGCCUGUCUUCUAUCCGCAGUUUUGGAUUAUAACACAGAGCAUGUACUGUUGUAUGUUGUGAACACUGUGUUGCCUAUACUUCUAAUGUUAUUAGAUGCACUUUGGGGACUGUGCCCAGUUGCCUUAACUAGACUACUUUUUUUCAAAACUUGGUCAGUCAUGCUUUACUAUUGAAAAUGUUUUUAAAGUUUUUACACAUUGAGGUGAAUAAAGGCAACUUUGCGGCAUGCUGUAACUUUUUACUUGUGGUUGCAUUAUAGCAAAUAGUUUUGGGGCAAGGGGGGAUUUUCUUUUAAAUAUAGCAAUAAUUAGCUUAAAUGGCCUUUUUAUUUUAAGUAAGGUUGGUGACUACUGAAAAAGACCAGUGUCAGAUUUAGGGAUCUUCAUAAUUCACGGCAGGCGACUCCUAACUAAUUCUAUAUAACGUUGGAGGAGGAAGGGCAGUUUUGUUAAUACAGCCAAGUGGAACUCCUUUGUUCAAAUAUUGCUGGUUUGCUGUUAGUGUGCAUUUAUUAUGUUCAGUUUGGUACAAUGUUGAGCAUAGUGACGGGGGGUGGGAAAGUAUUGGGAUGAGUUUGAACUUUUUUAAGUCUAGUUUUUUUUUUAAUGUUGACAGGUACUCCAAAUUUCAAGGUAAGAUACCUUUCCAAUCUCAGCCCAUUUAUGUCUUCAAGUCAAGAAGCUCCCAUGACAACUCUCAUAUAUCCACCUACCAAACACUUCCUUCACGUAGGAAUUGGUGGCCCUGGAUUGUAAUUCUUUGCCCAGAGGUCAAAUUUGCACUUGUGUUAGUUUCAUAAGGUAGUAAACCUCCAGUUUCAAUUGUUCUCAAAUGUAGAGGGCUGUAACGAUUGUCUAGAUUGUCUGAAAUACAGGCAAGGUUGGCACAGGAGUUCAGAGUUGACUCCUGAGGAACCUAGAUUGAUGUUGGCAAAGAUGUUCUUACCAAUGAAAUAACUUAGAAAACCUUUCAAAUGGUGACUGACUUUGCGAGUGUUCCUGGUACAUUUAGAACUGACUUCUGGAGGCGAGCAAAUAAGGGAGAAAGUUGUAGUGCUGACUUUGGAAACUGGGAACAGGAUCAGUUUUUAAAGUAUUUAAUUUCUCAUGAGUGUUGGAAAACAGAGUGCAUCAGAAUCUCUGGAAGAGAGAAUAUACCAUCAUAUUAGAACUUGGCAGGCUUGUUGAGAUUACAUUUUUCAAUGUCCCUUCUGAAUUAUUUUAUUUUUUUGCCUCCCUUCACUUACCAUCAGAGGGAAACUGUAAAAUGGACACAAGGAGUUGACUGAAUUUUGUGAUUGAGGUUUCGUGAUUCUGGUUUGGAAAAUAACUAGGAAAUGGGCUUGCUGACGGUUAGGAGAAGUCUCCUAUUUGUUCAAAAUGAAGUUUGAUUCUUCACUUUUAGAUGUUAGCAGUCCAAAAUGAUUGCAUUUCUCAUCCAUGACCAAGAAUCUUAAAACUAAACCCUGUGAGUUUUGAAGAGAUUUCCACAAAAUACUUUUAAAUCUUCGAAUCUGUCUUUCAGUUCAGGGAGCAGUACGUUUUUACAUAUGCUAGUGUAAAUUAUACAGAUUUUUUUUACAUUUGAAUUUGAAAUGCCACUUAUGUUUUUGAUAAAGUAUUUGAUAAUUGUCAUGUUGGAAUUUUGGUACACUGUAAUUUUAACGGCUUGCUUAUGUUUUCUGGGAGGAGGGUGAUCUUAGUAGAGACAUUAUGCACAUCUUUAACCAGAGUUGGUUGCACUUGCAGUAUACAAACUAAAGUAACAAUAAAUUGAAUUACAGCAUGCUCUGCCAAUUUAUUACCAACUUGUGACUCAGUAGACGAAAGAUCCUUGGUUGUAUUUCAGUGGUAACUUCAAAACCUUUUUUUCUAUUUGAAGGGGAAUAAAAAUUGCAUCCGAAGUCGAUGUAUACUCCGUCUUCAUGUGUUAAAUUGGUUUGUGUUAAUUUAAUUCGAGCUUGCUUUUGAUAGAUUUCAAAUUUUUUUUAAGUAAGAUAUCCAGAAUUAAUUUUGCUCGAUUCUCUGAAAUCAAUUAACCUAAAUGAGGCUGGGAGCUCGCUGUGCAGGGUAGUAUUGUCAAAUCCACAUCAUUAUGUAAAACUCCUUGAUCCUUCUCGCAAGAAAUGAUUGUGAUGUUAUUAAUGUUAAAUAAAAUCUACUCUGCAUUGAGAAACAUUUUGUUCAGUGGUUUGGCACUUGAGAAUGCUGAACCUUAAUUUAUGACAGAUAACACUGGAGUAACUAAAUGGCUCCGGCAGCAUCAGGUGAUGGACAAGCUCUAGCUCAAGAAGGGUCCUAACCCAAAAUGCCACUUAUCCAUUCCCUCCUUGCAAUUUCUGUAGGAAGGAACUGCAGGUGCUGGUUUACACCGAAGAUGACACAAAGUGCUGGAGUAACUCACCGGGACAGGCAGCAUCUCUGGAUAGAAGGAAUAGGUGACGUUCCAGCUCUCGACCCAAAACGUCUAUCCAGAGCUGCUGCCUGAUCCGCUGAGUUACUCCAGCAUUUUGUGUCUACCCUCCUGGCAAUUGCUGCCUGACCUGUGACGUUACUCCAGCACUUAGUGCGCUUCUCAAGAUUCCAGCAUCUGCAGUUCCUUUUAUCUCUAUUCUGUUCAGCAAAGUGUGCACUUAUAUUUUAGCUGCUUGAGGGUAAAUAAUUUGAUUGAAACGCACAUCUAUGGUUCGUAUGGCUGAUGGAGGAAAAAAAAACAUGCCCAGGUUUAAGAUUAGUUAACCGACGCCCCAGAGGAGAGGAAGACGUGUUGUCUCAUAAUCCCUACUUUGAUCAGGUUUGCCAUAAUCACAUUUUGCACAAGUUCCAACACAUUGUUUGUGUAUCAAGAGACCAGCAGCUUUGCCUUGUUCCUGCCUGCUUCAAUGUGGGAACAAGCUUGCUCUAUAUUGCAUCAAUAUUCACAACCCAAAAUAAUGGGCUGGCAAACAAUGUUAAAAUAGAUGUGGCAACCAUUUGCAUACAGAGAGCAAUGCUUUGACUGUCCAGUCCAAAUGACUUGCACAUUUUAGAUAAAAUUCAGACUUUUAUUUAAGAAAUGAUCAAAUUUGAGUUUGGAUUUAAAAUGUUGCCCUUGUAUGAAACUGCAAGAUGUGUCAAGUACUGUGGUGUAUAUAUGGAACUACUUAUUGAGGGUUGCACAAAUGCUUUCAUUUAUAUUUCAAUAUGUCACUCUGUAUGUAUGCUGAAUUUAAAAUCUUUUAAACAAUUCUUUCAGAUUGUGGCAAAGCUCAAAAUGCAAAACUCAGAUUCUGUUGAAAGCCAACACUGUAGCUGGUGUGUUUCAUCCCCCCCCCCCCCCAUGUUUUGUCGACCUUUUACUUGCCUCUAGAGAUCCUCCAUUUAUUUUUUGUGCAUACAUGAUGUAACAUAAAUUACAUUUGAAUUUUCAUUUUAAGAUUAAUGCAAAUAAAAUGAUUGAAACCA